GUCUGGAAGCGGCUGCUGCAGCUGCGCGCGCGCAGCAGGAGCCCAAGCCGUGCCCGCGAGGGGGGUCCGAACGUGCGCCACCUGCAGAAGAAGGUGAAGGAGGGCGUCCGCAGCGAGGUCAUCGACGUCGCGCUGAAGAUGCUGGAGGACGGGAGCGCGCCCACGAGAUAG